CCCCUUCACCCCCUACCACACCACACCAUGCCUCUCACAGUCAUCCUGGCUACCGCUGGCUACGACCAUACCAUUCGCUUUUGGGAGCCGUCGGGCACCUGCCACCGGACGCUGCAGCACCCGGACUCGCAAGUCAAUGCGCUGUCGAUCACGCCGGACCGGGAGCAUAUUGCGGCGGCGGGCAACCCGUCGAUCCGCAUGUACGAGGUCCACACACAGCAUCCGAACCCAGUGACAUCGUACGAUGGCCACACUGGGAACGUGACGGCUGUCGGCUUUCAUUCUGAGUGCAACUGGAUGUACACGGCGUCAGAGGAUGGGUCGCUCAAGAUCUGGGACCUCCGCGCCUCGGGCUGCCAGCGUAACUACGACGUUGGCGCCGCGGUCAACCACGCCAUCCUCCACCCGAACCAGGGCGAGCUGCUCACCGCCGACCAGGACGGGAACCUCUCGGUCUUUGACCUCGUCGCCGACAAGUGCGUCUUCUCUGACACGAGCUCGGCCGGAACCGCUCUGCGUUCCGUUGCCGUCGACCCCGACGGCGUCUCGGUUGUCACUGCCAACAACUCGGGCGAUGUGCACGUGUACUCUGCGUCGCCGACAGAGUCCGGCUUCUACGGCCUCGCCUCCAAGUUCUCUGCACACGACACUUACGUUCUCAAGGUCCUUUUCUCGCCGCACGGCUCCACCCUCGCCACCGCCUCGGCCGACAAGACCAUCAAGCUCUGGUCCGUCGCCUACGACGCCGACGACGUCGCGUCCUUUGAGCUGUCGCAGACCCUCGUCGGCCACAAGCGCUGGGUCUGGGACUGCGUCUUCUCGGCAGACUCGGCUUACAUCGCCUCGGCCUCAUCUGACCAGGUCGCCCGCCUCUGGAACGUCGCCCAGGGCGAGACCAUCCGCCAGUACGCCAAGCAUCACAAGGCCGUCUGCGCCAUUGCGCUCAACGACGCCGCCGCUGAGGAUGUGCCCUCUCCAAGCUCGUAAACUACCUUUACUCACC